UGCAAUCCUGCCUAGGUGCAUGGCUGGGGACCUGGGGCCUUGAGAAAGUACUAUGGAUGGGCUACAUUGUUCGGCCAGCAGAAGCUCUGAGGGGUGAAUGGCUGGUGGAAGUCACAUGGCUUUGGACAUCCGCAUAGCGGGGAGAUACAGGCUUGGGCGAAAGAUAGGCAGUGGUAGCUUUGGAGACAUAUAUCUUGGCACUCACAUUCAAACAGGAGAGGAAGUCGGCAUCAAGUUGGAAUCAGUGAAGACCAAGCACCCGCAAUUGCUCUACGAAUCAAAGCUCUACAAGAUCCUACAAGGAGGAACUGGCAUCCCAAAUGUGCGGUGGUACGGUGUGGAAGGCGACUACAAUGUCAUGGUGCUGGACCUUCUCGGGCCGAGCCUGGAGGACCUGUUCAACUUUUGCAAUCGGAAGUUUAGCCUGAAGACAGUCCUCAUGCUCGCAGACCAGUUGAUAUCCCGUAUCGAGUACGUGCACACGAAGAGCUUCAUCCACCGGGAUAUCAAGCCUGACAACUUCCUGAUGGGCUUGGGCAAGCGGGCGAACCAGGUCAACAUCAUCGACUUCGGGCUGGCAAAGAAAUACCGCGACCCCAAGACCCACAUCCACAUUCCAUACAGGGAGAACAAGAACUUGACCGGCACGGCCCGAUACGCAUCCAUCAACACGCACCUGGGCAUCGAGCAGUCGCGGAGGGACGACAUCGAGUCUCUUGGAUACGUGCUGAUGUACUUCCUGCGUGGAUCUGUGCCUUGGCAGGGGCUGAAGGCGCUCACAAAGAAGCAAAAGUACGAGAAGAUCAGCGAGAAGAAGAUGGCCACGCCCAUUGAGGUGCUAUGCAAGGGCUUCCCCAUGGAGUUCACGACCUACUUCCAGUACUGCCGCAGCUUGCGGUUUGAUGACAAGCCAGACUACUCCUACCUGCGCAAGCUCUUCAGGGACCUCUUUGCGCGAGAUGGCUACCAGUGGGACUACGUGUUUGACUGGACCAUCCUGAAGUACCAGCAGUCGCAGCCGCGGCAGCUGCCG